UUGCAUAAAUUGCAAAAACCGAAAGCCUAAUGCUGCUUCUCCAAACCUGACUUAGUUGCGUGAAUGUGAAAAAUGGAAGGUUGGUUAAUGAAAUGCUCUUUUGGGAGUAAUUUCUUUAGAGCUCUAAAACCUCUCAAUUUGAAAAUCUCUAGCUCUUCGUUUCGCUGCCUUUACAUGCCCACUCAUUCUGGAGGCGCAAAGCCCAUUAGAAAGGCAUACGAUGCUUUAUUAUUGGAUGCCGGCGGAACCCUUUUGCAAUUGGCAUACCCUGUUGAAGAAACUUACGCUUCUAUUGGGAGAAAAUAUGGUAUGAGCACAAGUUCAGCCGAAAUAAAGAAGGGAUUCAAGAGAGCUUUUUCUGCUCCAUGGCCUGAAAAGCUGCGUUACCAGGGAGAUGGGAGGCCAUUUUGGAAAUUAGUUGUUUCUGAAGCCACUGGUUGCUCAAAUGAUGAUUAUUUUGAAGAAGUGUACAAGUACUAUGCAAAUGGAAAUGCAUGGCAUCUUCCAAAUGGAGCUUAUGAAACAUUAGUCUUUCUCAAAGAAGCCGGAGUUAAGCUGGCUGUUGUGUCCAAUUUUGACACCCGCUUAAGGAAGCUUUUGAAGGACCUAAAUGUUUUAGAAUUGUUUGAUGCUCUAAUUAUAUCUUCAGAAGUUGGUUACGAAAAACCAGAUCCAAAGAUAUUUAAGGCUGCUUUAGAUCAAGUGUGUGUGGAGGCUAGCAGGGCAGUACAUGUAGGAGAUGACCUCAAGGCAGAUAAGGAUGGAGCCAAUGCUAUUGGGAUUGAUUGCUGGUUAUGGGGAGGAGAUGUCAAGACCUUCACGGAUAUACAAAAUCGGAUGGUCCAUGAAUAGAUGGGUUCUAGAAAUUUGGCGUCAGCAACAGUUCUUGGUGGCUUUCAAGUUUCAACCUUGACCUUGAAAAAUUGUCCCAUCUUUUAGAAUUCAUCAUUAACAUUGUUGAAAAACUGACCUGACUCGUUAUAUGGUCAAUAAAUGUCACUAGAGACAGUGACCACUCUUUCUUAGAGAUAAAGAUAAUGGUUGGAUAUGGUUAUUGGCAAUGAGAUUGUUAUCAUAAAUGAAAUGUAAUUUCAGUUUAAAGAAUUUAUA